ACGACUGAGACGACUUUCCGCGACCGUUUCAAAGGACGUCGACGGUCGGACUGGAUGCAGCCCGGGUGAUCAGCGUGCGGACGAAUGGAAAGACUGGGCCCCUUUCACCGCACGUGACGUCCGUGUUGCGUUCAAUGGCUGCCGCAGACAUCAUGUGGACCCUCUGCGUGGUCAUCGGCCUGCUCGUGCGUGAGUGUCAGGGGGGCUGUGCGGAGGUGGACUCCCUGGCAGAGGCGGUGGAGGGCCAAAGCUUCAAGCUGGGCUGCAUCUCGUGUAAAAAACGAGCGGAAGUGGCUGCGAGAACCAGCGUGGACUGGCACUUCAAAGCUCCGGGAGACGAUGGCUACACACACAUUUUCCACUACGAGCACCCGAGCGCCGACAUCCUCCACGAGGCCUUCAGGGACCGUCUGGACUGGCUCGGGACACAAAGCCAGGACGUGCAGACGGGCGCCAUCGCCAUCAGCAACGUCACCUUCAGGGAUGCCGGGACAUACCGCUGCACCUUCCGGCGCAUGCUCCUCCUGCCCGGCUUCCGUCCCAACAUCACCGUGGAGAAGGAGGUGGAGCUUAGCGUGGUGGCCGUGGGCUCCCGGGAGACAACGGCGGUGAUCUCGGAGAUGGUGAUGUACGUGCUGAUUGUGAUUCUGCAGCUGUGGCUUAUUGCGGUGGUGGUCUACUGCUAUAGGAAGAUUUCGGACGACAUGGACGCUCGGGAGGCCCGCGAGGCCCGGAAGGCUCUCGUUGCACAACAGGAGUGCGUGCAGACUUCUUAAGUUGAAUGUUCUUACAUUUGAAAACAAAUUUCCCAUUGGAACUAAUAGAAGUAGAAAUCAUCAGUUCCGGGGUCAAACUGUGGCCAUGAUAAAACCUGCAGUAACUGUCCAGUAUUUUGUAAAGCAACACAUGUAGAUAUGCUAGCAAGUUGGAAACAGUGGUGUGCAACAGUGUUUGCCCCCCUUGUCAUAUUAGUCAAUGACAACACCCGCUUUGAAACCCAAAAUCCUGACCAGCAGAGGGGGUGGCUGGGCUUAGGGGGGCCCACAGGACUCACCUCUCAUGGUGACAUCAGCAGAUGUGCGCAGGGUUCUGAACAAAACAAACCCACGAAAAGCAGCAGGCCCAGACAGGCUGGACUUGCUGCUGGCAAUGCCAACCAGGCUCCUGCCACGUAGUAGCACGCCACCAAUCCCGUACUCCCGGAGCACCCCCCAGAGGACACCGCGAGGGACAAGGUCUAAUGCCUUUUCCAAGUCCACAAAGCAGAUGUAGACUGGUGGGGCAAACUCCCAAGUACCCUCCAGUCCCUUGCAAGGGUGUAGAGCUGGUCCGGUGUUCCAUUUUCCAACUAUUCCAACUUUUUUCUUAAAUAAUCUUCGUAAAUUUUCUUCUCGUAAUAUUUUGACUUCAUCCCCGUAAAAUUAUACCUUUUUUCCCCAACCUAAUUUUCCAAAACUUACAAGUUUAUUUCGUUUUUUUCCUUAUAAUAUUACAACUUUUUAAAACAAAUGUGUUUUUUCUUGAAUAGUUCAACUCUGCUUCUAAAACAUUAUUUUCCCUCAUAAUAUUACACGUUUAUUCCAGUAAAAUUGUGAAUUUUGUUCUUGUUAGAAUAAAACUUUUUUCCUGUCUCGAUUUUUUGACAACUAUUUUUUUCAUUUCUGCUGUUAUGUCUUUGAAAAUUUUCCAACUACUUCAACUUUCUUCCUGCAAAAAUGUUCUUCUGGUCAUUAUGACUUUAUUCCCACAACAUUUUAACUUUAUUCUCAUAACAUUAUAACUUCAUCUGCAACUUCAUUUUCUUAUUCGUUGUUUGGUGUUUUUCUCAU